AAUAACACAGACAACAUGAUCCGUAUGGGUGUAUGCGACGAUGUGUAACUCAUAAGUUAAUAAUUAAAUUAAUUAUGACAAGUAGGGGAGAUGAUUGGAGCUCUAAUUUGCAGGGAGUGCUGCUUGAUAUCUCAGGUGUCUUAUAUGACAGCGGGGAGGGCGAUGGAACUCCGAUAGCUGGGUCAAUUGAUGCAGUCAAAAGAUUGAAGUCAUCAGGAUUGAAGGUUAGGUUCUGCACCAAUGAGUCACAGUGUACCCGCCAGUAUCUCGUAGACAAGCUCAGACGUCUUGGCUUCGACAUCAACCUUAACGAGGUCUUCUCCCCUGCACCAGCAGCCUGCCAGCUGGUCCGAGAGAGGAAGCUACACCCAUAUCUACUCGUCCAUCCAGAUGCCGUGCCAGACUUCUCUGAGUUUGACCUGGAGUUGACCCCGGACUGCGUUGUGAUUGGAGAUGCUGCCGUCAGCUUCACCUACGAGAGAUUGAACGCGGCGUUCCGCGUGCUGAUUGGCCAAGAGAACCCAGUGUUGAUCUCCAUGGGAAAGGGGCGGUACUAUAAGGAAACAGAUGGCUUGAUGAUGGAUGUUGGUUGCUUCAUGGCAGCGCUAGAGUAUGCAGCGGGCUGUAAGGCUGAAGUUGUUGGCAAACCUGCAAAGGGAUUCUUUCUUGGUGCGGUCAAAGACAUGGGAAUUCAACCCCAACAUGCUGUUAUGAUUGGCGAUGACCUUGUUAAUGACAUAGGAGGAGCCCAGAGCUGUGGCAUCAAGGGUGUCCAAGUCAGAACGGGAAAAUUCAGACCAUCAGACGAGAGUCAUCCGACUGUCAAACCAGAUGGGUUUGUGGAUAACCUGGCCCAGGCUGUAGAUUUCCUUCUGAAAGACCACGCCCAGUGAUGCCACGCCCAAAGAAUGGACAUGCCCAAACAAGGGACACGCCCAUCGGCCACACCCGGAAGAAACUGUAAGGAGCGCGACUCUGCACACAGUGGGCCAAUAUACAGUAUUAGACAGUAUUGAGCAUUAAACUGAGGUCUUGCCAUGAUGACUGAUAGCCAGGCAAAUGAUUCCAAUCCCAACCGCAGACCUUUUCACAACUUGCAGGAUUUUACACAGAUACGUAUCACAGCACUGAAAUUGAUUAAGGCAAGGAACUUGGUCACAGUGUCCAAAAAAAUUGUUUAACUUGGGCUCUCGGAUUCUUGUAAUUUUUCUUUUCAAGUUAAAAAAGAAACUUGAUUUUCAGAUGGUUUAGGGUUAAUGGUGUGGACUUCUGAAUUAACUGCAUGUAACUCUUGGGUUUGAACCUUAACAAAACAGUAUUGUGAAAUGUUAUUUUUUUAGCAAAAGACUAUCAGAAAACGUGCAUUAUUUAUAGUGCUCAUUGUGUUAUAUUGAAAAGGGCAAACACAUGUAAAAAUUGAAAAGCUGAGGAAAUUGUUUGAUUACUUAGUAAAUAUCAAUUUUCAGUGAUGCAAUACUUUUAUUACGUAUUGUGAAUUACCUGUGGUGAAAGUUAGAAUAUUAAAAUUAAGACGAGGCAAAACCAAUUAAAGGAAUUGCACACACGCCACUGGUUUUGGAAUGAUGAAAAUAGUUUUUAUUUAAUAGAUGCAUUCAAUAAAUUGGUUCAUUAAUUAAUUAAAUCAAAAACUACAGUCUUUUGUUUAUAAGCAAUACCUACAGUAAAUUCGUUUGUACUUUAAACACUCUUGUCGAAUGAUGUAGUUUGUUUAAACGUCUCUUUACUUUCUACGGUGUCACAGGUCAAGUCAAACGGGUGUAAACAUGAACACGUAUCAUCUAAAUUUAAACAAAAUAUUAACAAACGGGCAACUUGGUUAAUACAUCUCAAUUAAUAAACAUCAAAGUCCUAGCAAUUAAAUCUUUUUGUUUAAUUU